GACCGUCGCCUUACUCGUAUCCUUCACAAUGACGAUCUGCAAGUACCGGAUGCACUCUGGCUGGAGCGGGGACGUUACUAGCUCAUACGAGUCCUUCACUCCAAUCCGGUACUAUGACGCUUGCGAAAUGAGAAGCAGCAUGGUCCAGCAGGCCCAACAUGAUUACGCCUACAUUGCCAUCACAGACCGACAUGUGCUACUCAUGUACGACACUUUGGACACUCUUCACGACAAGCUUCAGGAAGUCUUCAAGACGUACAACCACCCAAAGCACGGCUUGGCCGUCUACGAUGUCGAUUACGACCAGUACAACACCACAUGCGGGACCCCAGCAUUCCACAGGCUGCUGCAAAUCGUCCGUUUCAUGAACAUGUAGAAGUG